ACAUGGAAGAAGGGAGAGGGGAAGCUCUUUAAAUAUUGUUAAAAUGUUCCUUUGUUAGCCCUUUCUUCUCUCCCUUUGUCUCAAGUUUUGGAAGUUCAAAAGGGUGGGAGAGAUACAAAGUGUUCAUUGAUUUAAACCCUUGCUAGAACCCUAAUUGGUGGUUUUUGAUUUGGUGAAAGGUAAAGCAAGCAAAUAAGGGCUCAAUGAACAACAACUGGCUUUCGUUCCCUCUUUCUCCUACUCAUUCUUCCUUACCAGCUCAUGAUCUUCAAGCAACUCAAUAUCAUCAAUUUUCUCUUGGGUUAGUGAACGAGAACAUGGAAAACCCUUUCCAAAAUCAUGAUUGGAGUCUUAUUAACACUCAUAGUAGCAGCGAAGUUCCAAAAGUUGCUGAUUUUCUUGGAGUGAGCAAGUCUGAAAAUGAGUCAGACCUUGCUGCCAGCUUGAACGAAAUUCAGUCAAAUGAUUCAGAUUAUCUAUUCACAAACAACAGUCUGGUGCCUAUGCAAAACCCUGCGGUGGACACACCUAGCAAUGAGUAUCAAGAAAAUGCUAAUAGUAGUUUGCAAUCAUUGACAUUGUCCAUGGGAAGUGGUAAGGAUUCAACAUGCGAAACCAGUGGUGAUAAUAGCACAAACACUACUACUACUACUACUGUUGAAGCUGCACCUAGAAGAACAUUGGAUACAUUCGGGCAGAGAACAUCCAUAUAUCGUGGAGUAACGCGACAUAGAUGGACUGGAAGGUAUGAAGCUCACCUUUGGGAUAAUAGCUGUAGAAGGGAAGGGCAAUCAAGAAAAGGACGCCAAGUUUAUUUGGGUGGAUAUGAUAAAGAAGAAAAAGCAGCUAGGUCUUAUGAUUUAGCUGCACUGAAGUACUGGGGGACAUCCACCACUACCAACUUUCCAAUUAGUAACUAUGAGAAGGAAUUGGAUGAAAUGAAACACAUGACGCGACAAGAAUUUGUUGCUGCCAUUAGAAGGAAAAGCAGUGGUUUCUCCAGGGGUGCAUCAAUGUAUCGUGGAGUUACAAGGCAUCACCAACACGGAAGAUGGCAAGCAAGAAUUGGCAGAGUUGCAGGAAACAAAGAUCUUUACUUGGGAACUUUCAGUACUGAAGAAGAGGCUGCUGAAGCAUACGACAUAGCUGCGAUAAAGUUCAGAGGUCUCAACGCUGUCACAAACUUUGACAUGAGCCGCUACGACGUGAAAGCCAUCCUUGAAAGCAACACUCUCCCAAUAGGAGGAGGAGCUGCAAAGCGUCUGAAAGAAGCUCAAGCUCUAGAAUCUUCGAGAAAGCGCGAAGAGAUGAUUGCACUAGGAUCAUCCACAUUCCAAUAUGGAACCACAAGCUCUAAUUCUAGGCUACAUGCUUACCCUCUAAUGCAGCACCACCACCAGUUUGAACAACCUCAACCUCUGCUAACUUUGCAAAACCAUGAUAUCAGUUCUCACUUCUCUCACCAGCAAGACCCUUUGCAUCAGGGUUACAUCCAAACGCAGCUUCAGUUGCACCAGCAGCAGAGUGGUGGUUCUUCUUCUUAUAGCUUUCAGAAUAAUAAUAUAAAUAAUGCUCAGUUCUAUAAUGGUUAUAAUCUUCAGAACCACCCUGCAUUGCUUCAGGGAAUGAUUAACAUGGGGUCUUCAUCUUCUUCAUCUGUGUUGGAGAAUAAUAAUAGUAACAAUAAUAAUGUUGGUGGGUUUGUGGGAAGUGGGUUUGGUAUGGCUUCUAAUGCAACGUCGGGGAACACGGUGGGGACGGCGGAGGAGCUAGGGCUGGUGAAGGUGGACUAUGACAUGCCGACUGGUGGUUACGGUGGAUGGUCGGCGGCGGCGGCGGCGGAGUCCAUGCAGACGUCGAAUAGUGGGGUGUUCACAAUGUGGAAUGACUGAGGGAAGGGAAGCUAGUUCUAGUAAUGUAUGGCACAACGUACGAGUUAGUUACCAUACAAUUUUGUUAUGCUUUUUUCUUUUUUUUUUUGUUUUUGGGUUUUUUAAUAUUCUCGCAAUUGGAAAAGAAAAUAGGUGCUGAUUUUCUGUGACUAAGGAAGUGAGCAAAGACCAUAUAUCUAUUUAUAUUUAUGUCUCUUGUUAUGGCGAAUGUUUGUGAGACUUUUGCUUGA